AUGUCCAACUUCUCCAUCAAGUCAGCCAUCGUCGCCAUGUCCCUGGCUCUCACUGCUACCGCCAGCCCCCAGUGCGCUACUGAUGCGGACUGCCUUUCUGGCUACAUCUGCGGACCGAAUGACACUGCUGGUUCCAGCGACACAUCCAACGUCUGUGUUCAGUUGAAGUCUUGCAGCGACACUCCCGACCCUCAGUUCCCUCAAUACGGACCCAAGUGCGGCGACAGCGUCUUCUGCAACCCAGGCGGCUUCUGCGGUGGCGGCUACGUCGACAUCGACGGCCAGAGAGAAGGAGCUCUCGCUUGCGUUGAUCAUGCAACUGGACUUAAAUGCGCUGCACCUGCUAUCUAG